UAUACUAAUCAGAAUGAUUCUUUAUUAGACCAUGAUAUUUGAUUCGCCAAAUACAUCAUUAUUGUAUAUUCUUUCAUAUGUAUAGCGCAACCUAAUACUUUGUUUUCCAGUUUUGAAUCUUUGACUUUUUAUAAAUCGAAAUAUUUAAUAUUAAAAUAAUAAUAAAAUCACUCUUGACAGUAAUAUAUGUUGUAUAUGUAAAUCCUAGAUAUGACAAUAUGCGGAAUUCAUCCAUGAAAAUGAAAAACAAGGGGGGUUGAUAUCGAUGGGACGCAUAACCGGAUAUGCUAAAAUGAAAAUAUGAAAAAAAAAAGGCUAAUGAGAUCGAAAUAAUGAAUCAUAAAUAGAGUUCCAUUUCGGAAUUGGCUAGAUAAAACAAAGUCUUGCCUAUUAUGACAAAUAAAUCAAAGACUUUCCACAAAAAUUUUUUUUAUUCAUAUAUUUUUUAUUUUAAAACUAGGUUUUGGUUAGUUGAGCUUGAAAACGACUAUUCCUUCAUUGAAAUUUAAUUAAGUAAAAAAUUGAAUUGCAUAUUCGCUUGGGUGGUACCAAUGAAAUCGAGUGCUUACUCCCAUUUAUUAUUGAAUUAACCAAUGAAUUUACUAUCGAAGAUUUUUUCUGUAUUCGAAAAAUUUCGCAACAAAAUUGAACAUAUUUUUUAUUAUGAGAAUAAAUCCUACUACUUCGGAUCCAGCGGUUUCAAUACGUGAAAAAAACAACCUGGGACGUAUUGCCCAAAUCAUUGGUCCGGUACUGGAUGUAGCCUUUCCCCCGGGCAAGAUGCCUAAUAUUUACAAUGCUCUGGUGGUUAAGGGUCGAGAUACGCUUGGUCAAGAAAUUAAUGUGACUUGUGAAGUACAGCAAUUAUUAGGAAACAACCGAGUUAGAGCUGUAGCUAUGAGCGCGACCGAGGGUUUAAAGAGAGGGAUGGACGUGGUUGAUAUGGGAAAUCCUCUAAGUGUUCCAGUCGGCGGAGCGACUCUAGGACGAAUUUUCAAUGUACUUGGGGAACCUGUUGAUAAUUUAGGUCCUGUCGAUACUCUCACAACAUCUCCUAUCCAUAAAUCCGCGCCUGCUUUUAUAGACUUAGAUACAACCUUAUCUAUUUUUGAAACAGGAAUUAAAGUAGUAGAUCUUUUGGCCCCUUAUCGUCGUGGGGGAAAAAUCGGACUAUUCGGUGGGGCUGGCGUGGGUAAAACAGUACUAAUUAUGGAAUUGAUCAACAACAUUGCCAAAGCUCAUGGUGGUGUAUCCGUAUUUGGUGGAGUAGGCGAACGAACUCGUGAAGGAAAUGAUCUUUACAUGGAAAUGAAAGAAUCUGGAGUCAUUAAUGAACUAAACCUUGCGGACUCCAAAGUAGCCCUAGUCUACGGUCAGAUGAAUGAACCGCCGGGAGCUCGUAUGAGAGUUGGUCUGACUGCCUUAACUAUGGCAGAAUAUUUCCGAGAUGUUAAUGAGCAAGACGUACUUCUAUUUAUCGACAAUAUCUUCCGUUUUGUACAAGCAGGAUCCGAGGUAUCCGCUUUAUUGGGUAGAAUGCCUUCUGCUGUGGGUUACCAACCCACCCUUAGUACCGAAAUGGGUUCUUUACAAGAAAGAAUUACUUCUACGAAAAAAGGGUCCAUAACCUCUAUUCAAGCAGUUUAUGUACCUGCAGACGAUUUGACUGACCCUGCUCCUGCCACCACAUUUGCACAUUUAGAUGCGACUACCGUACUAUCAAGAGGAUUAGCUGCUAAAGGUAUCUAUCCAGCGGUAGAUCCUUUAGAUUCAACGUCAACUAUGCUACAACCUCGAAUCGUUGGCGAGGAACAUUAUGAAACUGCGCAACAAGUAAAGCAAACUUUACAACGUUACAAGGAGCUUCAGGACAUUAUAGCUAUCCUGGGGUUGGACGAAUUAUCCGAAGAGGAUCGCUUAACCGUCGCAAGAGCACGAAAGAUUGAGCGUUUCUUAUCACAACCUUUUUUCGUAGCAGAAGUAUUUACAGGUUCUCCGGGAAAAUAUGUUGGGCUAGCGGAAACAAUUAGAGGGUUUAAUUUGAUCCUUUCCGGAGAAUUUGAUUCUCUUCCUGAACAGGCCUUUUACUUAGUGGGUAACAUCGAUGAAGCUACUGCGAAGGCUACGAACUUAGAAAUGGAGAAAGUAAAAGAAAUCAUUUUAUCUACUAAUAGUGGACAAAUUGGCGUAUUACCAAAUCACGCGCCGAUUGCCACAGCUGUUGAUAUAGGUAUUUUGAAAAUACGCCUUAAUAACCAAUGGUUAACAAUGGCUCUGAUGGGCGGUUUUGCUAGAAUAGGCAAUAAUGAAAUUACUAUUUUAGUAAAUGAUGCAGAGAAGAAUAGUGACAUUGAUCCACAAGAAGCUCAGCAAACUCUUGAAAUAGCAGAGGCGAACUUGAGAAAAGCUGAAGGCAAGAGACAAACAAUUGAGGCUAAUCUAGCUCUCAGACGAGCUCGGACACGCGUCGAGGCUCUCAAUACGAUUUGAUUUUGUAACUAGCUGACGUAUAAAAAAAUAGGAUCCAAAAGCGA